AUGAGUGUGCUAAAUCCGCUGCCCGGGCAAUCCGACGAGCUGAAAAAGAAGGUUGAAUACAGUACAGUAGAGCUGUGCAAGCAAGUGCUAGGGCCCGAGCACCCUGGUACUCUUAUCAGUAUGAAUAAUCUGGCAUCGACCUACCAGAAUCAGGGACGAUUGAAGAAAGCGGAAGACCUGGAAGUACAAGUAAUGCAAGUACGCAAGUGAGUGCUAGGACUAGAGUACCCUGGUACUCUUACAAGCAUGGCCAAUCUGGCAUCGACCUACAAGAAACAGGGACGAUUGAAGGAAGUAGAAGAGCUGGAAGUACAAGUAUUAGAGCUUCGCAAGCAAGUACUAUAGUCUGAGUAUCCUGAUACUCUUACCAGCAUGAGCAACCUAGCCUUUUCAUGGAAAGGCCAGGGAAAGGUUCCAAAUUCUCUGGCUCUGAUACAUAAAACAGUGUGCAGAGCUCCGCCGCAACCUGCUGGGUCCAGAUCACUCAGAUACCAUAUCCUCUUCUGA